UGCUGCGACACCGCGGGGAGAACAGUCCUUGGCUGCUCCGAGAAGCCAAGAGGUGGCCUUUGCUGGCAGCCAGCAGAGCAAGAGUUCCAUCGAAAGGCUGAAUUGGACUUCUAAGACGUGAUCCCACGCUGGGGAAAGUGAUCCCACAGCAAUGUGCAGAGCUACAGCAGUGUAAAACUUGGGCAAGUGACAAGAAAAUUAACCUUACUUCUCUUUUUCUAGAAGCUUCCACAGCUAAGAAUUAUCAGUGACAGAAACAGAAAAUUGAAUAGUUGUCUGAAUUUGACUGAUCUUCCCAAGAUGGUGAACUCAUUUAAAAAUAGUGACUUAAAGGGGUCCUGAUCAAUAAAAAGAGACAGUGAAGGCAAGGCAAUGGAUCUACUUCCACAAGCUUCAUUAGCCAGCAGUGAAUGGGAGAGGACACUCAAGAGUUCCAGACCAAUUUUGAAAACUGUUUCUUUAAAGGUUUCCAGAAAAGUUGUAUUAAAUUGGCUUUUGUUUCCCUGUAGCUCACUGUUGACAGUUCAGAAUGGAUUUCUGGAAAAGAAAAAAAAAAAAAAAGAAACCAACCCACCAAAACUCAGGCCUUUUUAUUAUUCGUCACAUUAAAGUAUUUGGUUCAGUAUAUUGGAUUGCACUACCAGAAUCUGUAUAUUGGGUCAUCCUACUGGGAUAAUUCUGAUUUGUCACUCAUUGUGAAGAGGAUGACAUCUCCGUACCUUUUCUGGGGCAGCUGCAAAAGAAGCCAAAAUCAGCUGGUGUGCCGAGUUCUUUCUAGAUUGCUGAGCAGGAAAAACAAUGAUGAAGGAGGAAUCUUUUCCUAAGCAAAACUACCCCAGAAGCCAAGGAGACCUUCUGGACACCGGAACAGAUAAUUUUCUGACUCCCUUCACCCUCAGGUUAUUUCCUGUUCUCCAGCUGUGAUGAUUUCACUCAGAUUGCCUGCUACAUAUGGGAGAAGCAACAUUUGUCCAUAAUUUGUUUAGAACUGCUUUAGAAAAAAGAAGAGUUGUAUUUAUCAGAAGAAUAAAAGAAAAAGAACGAAGCAGAAAGGAACACUGCUUUUGGCCCAUGGCCUGUAUGUAAUGGUGCAGGGGUGACAAAUGGAGUGUGAGCACCACGGUGUCUACAACCUGGGUUUGAAAUAAUAAGCUUAGCAAGAUGUGAACAUGACCACACACAUCAAAAGGAUGUUCCAAGAUGCUACCCACCUCUUUCUGUGCAUCUGCUUUCCAGGAUGCUAAGCUCAAAAUUACCUGAAUGCAGUGGUCAGAGGGACUGGAGAGCUCAGAAUGGUAGUAAUGAGAUAUGGAGCCCUUUUCUCCUCGGUCACUGGCAUGAAUUUGACCCUGGCCUGAAGCAAAUACAGAGCAUAGGACUUCUGAGCAUGGCAAGAGACCGUGAAGCAGCAGCACAGAGCACCAGUCCUUCACUGCUAAAUAAGAAAGCCAAGAUUCUUUCACAAGCUCAAGAAGCAUAUUGCAGCUUUCCAAUAGAGCGUUGGUUUGAUGUGGCCCCUGCCUUUCCACUGGCUAAUCGAGGUCCACUGGGACUGGAGAUGGGUUCCAAGAGAGAACAAUUGAUUAGAUGCAUAUUUUUUGAAUUAUACAACAGAUCACACCCAGCUGCACAGCUUUUCUCAGAACAGCAGCCAGAGAUUCAGCAAAGUGAGGACAGAAGGUAUGUGCAGUAUCACGGAGAAGCAUGUGGAAUACAAACACAGGAAGGAGACAAGAAAAGCAAAGAUCUGCAUAAUGAUAAUCCUUGCAGACCAUUAAUGGAUAUCACACCAUGUCUGAGAGUCUUGCUCACUGUUGUUUGUAGUUGCUCUUGUCCUGGAUCAGGACCAAUUUUCAAGCACAGUUCUCCCAUGUGAGCAGGCAGUGCAUAUUUUCUAUUCACUACCUUGAUCUGAGCCCACUUAGGAGUUCUCAGUUUGUGCAAAUUCCACUGGCCAUUUUAGCACACCUGAUUCAGUAACGUGUUGGAGCCAUUAUGAAUUCGUCUCAUGCACUUUCAUGUUUCCUGAGUAGUGGAAGUGUAACUGUUGUUUGAAUACCCAGACAUCUAGAACUUUUGCCCUGAAGGCCCCCUCUGUGAAGCAUUUUUCACUCUGCCCUUGUAGUGCCAUGUCCCAGCCUGUCUUCUAACAGCUUUAAUAGAAGCAUUUUUCCAUCACAUCAGCAUUUACCUGAAACACUUCCCAAAUUUUUUUGUAGUGUUUCUUAUUUCUCUCAUCUUAUAGACUAAAUCACUAACUUUGCAUAAAACUUAAGGAUUAUCACCUAGCAAAUUAAGAUCCCUUUUUUUUUCCCCCCAUGAAAUAUAACUCUGUGAUUAUAAAGCUAGACAUUCCUUAGCCACUGUGUCUUGCUGGCUACAAGCUAUAACUUUUACUUGUAUCUGAAAUGAAUACCAGUGUCUUUCAGGGUGCCUCCGCCUGGACUACACAAGUUGGCUCAUUAAUUAGGUUUUCACCCUGUCUGUAUCACUGAGCAAUUAGGCUAUGAAGUGAAAUUUCCACAGGGCCUUUCCUACUUGCAAAUUCUUGUACCCCUUCAGCAGACACAACAUGGCUGCUAUCCUUGGGCUACAAGCAGGAAUUUUUGUAAAAAAAAAGGAAGUUGUAGACAUGCAGCCUUGCUAAAGUUCUUUAUCUAAUCCAAUUUUACAGCUAACACCCACAGCAGUUCCAUAAUCCAUUCAUUCCCCUCCACAGUGAUUUAUUUCAAACUCCUUCCUUUGCUCUGGUCCAGCCAUUCCCAAAGCCGAAGAUUAGCCAAAGCUGCCUUGUCUCCCUAAUUCCAUAGCACAGUAAGAACUUGCUUUAAUUCCUUUUAUGGAGCUCCGAUAUCCCAGUUUAGGCCUUAUUUCCUCACCUGAAGUGUCUACAAACAUGUCACUAAUUUAAGCCAGAACUAAUUUGGCCCUGACAGUUAACAUCUUGCUGCCAAUUUCAAUAAGAGAGGAGAAACAACUGCUGAAAUCAGCUGUCGGUGGUGUAAUCAUGUUUACAAGUAAAGAGGCCAGAAAUGCUCUUUCCUGAGACACAGGUGGCACCAGAUAAAAUGGUGAUGGCAGGCUUCUUUCAAACAUUACCAAAUCCCUGAAGGACUUCACCUAACAGUUUGGCUGCCAGAGAAAAUGUUGACUGGUGCUCUCCUCUUUGCUUUCUCUUCUGCUUCUCCUCUACAGAGAGUCCUUUGUCAAGUAACAGCCAGAUCCUUAACUCAUUAAUGUGUUUCUCUUUACACUUUGUUUCUUAGUGGUAUAAUAUUUUUUUGUAAGAAGUGGGAACAGCAAUUCCUUUCUCCCAAAUUACAGUGUGACAACAGUAUGAAAGUUCUUGUAUGUUUUCUUCUUUGCUGUUCUAAAGAAGUAACUCUAACAUACUCUGAAUGUUUUUCUCUCCC